GAGCGGGACGGAGCGGUGGGGGUGCGGCGGUGAUUGGGCCAGUUUCGACGCUGCCCGUGCUGUGUGUGCGAGUGACCAGUACGUAAGGAGUGUGCCUGUGGAAGCAGCGGCUGAACAGUGCCUGUCGUGGUCGGAUAUGACCAGCUAAUCGGAUUACAUUCGGGAAAGGACGAAGACCAUCCAGGAUGGAGGCGGUCUUCGGCAGCCACGGGUGCCGGCCAGAGGACGGCGUGCCCGACAUGACCGUCAUCUCGGACAUCGACGAGGCCGGCAUCAACCGCACGCUGCAUGUGCGCUACGACCACGACCGGAUAUACACGUACACCGGAACAAUUUUAGUAGCAGUGAACCCGUACCGAGAGCUCAGCAUCUACGGCCAGGACGCCAUCUUCUCGUACCGCGGGCGGAAGCUGGGCUCCAUGGAGCCGCACAUCUACGCGCUGGCGGAGGCAGCGUACACGGCUCUGAAGAGGGGCGACGGCAACCAGUCGUGCGUGAUCUCGGGCGAGAGCGGCGCCGGUAAAACGGAGACCACCAAGUUCAUCCUGCAGUACCUCUGCUCGGUCACCUCCGGCGUCAGCACCUGGGUCGAGCAGCAGAUCCUCGAGGCCAACACCAUCCUGGAGGCGUUCGGUAACGCCAAGACGGUGCGCAACGACAACUCGUCGCGCUUCGGGCGCUUCAUGCAGGUGUGCUUCGACUCGCACUGGCACAUCAAGGGCUGCAUCAUGCAGGACUACCUGCUAGAGCAGUCGCGCAUCACGUUCCAGGGGCCGGACGAGCGCAACUACCACGUCUUCUACCAGCUGGUGGCGGCGGCGCAGCGGGACGCGGAGCUGGCGGCCCAGUUCCAUCUGCGGCCGGCCGCCGACUACAGCUACCUGCACCAGUCAGGCUGCGUGCGGCUGGAUGGCGUGAACGACGCUGAGCGGUUCGACGCACUGCGGCUGGCCUUCAGCGUGCUGCAGAUCCCGCAGGAGGUCUCGGACGGCCUCUACGCCACGCUGGCCGCCAUCCUCUGGCUGGGCAACAUCAACUUCCAGGACGUGGACGGGGAGAAGACCGAGCUGACGCCCGCCGACGCCGAGGUGCUGACCACGGUGGCCAAGCUGCUCGGUCUGGAGGUGGACGACGUGCGGCUGGUGCUGCUCUUCCGCCAGAUCAACGUGCGCGGCAACAUUACCGAGAUCCCGCUGAAGCCGCAGGAGGCUGAUGAGAACCGUCACGCCAUGGCCAAGGCGCUCUACUCGCGCGCGUUCGCCUGGCUGGUGAACCAGAUCAACACCUGCACCAACCCGGGCAAGGACAGUGGCGCCUUCUUGGGCGUGCUGGACAUCUUCGGCUUCGAGAACUUCGGCAAGAACUCGUUCGAGCAGCUCUGUAUUAACUACACCAACGAGAAGCUGCACACGUUCUUCAACCACUACGUGUUCGCGCUGGAGCAGGAGGCGUAUCGACAAGAGGAGAUAAAGUUUUCUCACAUCAAGUUCUCCGACAACUCCGAAUGCCUGGAGUUGAUAGAGAAGCCCCCUCGCUGCAUUCUCAAGCUUCUCUCGGAAGAAUGCCGAAUGCCAAAGGGCUCGGACGAGACGUACCUCUCCAAGCUGCACCAGGAGUUCGAGGCGCAUCCGUACUACAUCAAGGGCGAGGACAGGAGAAAUUGGGAGUCGGAGUUCGGCGUGUGUCACUAUGCUGGCCGCGUCACCUACAACAUCACCGGCUUCGUCGACAAGAACCGCGACUCGCAGCAGGACCUCUUCUUCGACUUCAUGAGCCGCUCCAAGAACAAGUUUGUGGAAGAGUUGGCGCAGUUCCAGGACCUGCUGAGCUGCAUGUCGCGCACGGGCACCAUGAGCAGCACCGUGUCGCGCGGCACCUCCAAGGGCAAGCCGACUGUCAGCGACGCUUUCAGGCAGCAGCUGCAGGCGUUGGUCGACCUCCUGCAGAGCAGCAACCCCUGGUACGUGAGGUGUAUCAAGCCGAACGGCAAGAAGCAGUCUCACUGCUACGACGACCCUCUGGUGCUGGACCAGCUCAAGUACCUGGGCAUGCUCGAUAUCAUCAAGAUUCGCAAGCAGGGCUUCCCCAUCCACCUGCCGCUGCUGGAGUUCUGCCAGCGGUACCAGUGUCUGACGGGGCGUCGGUGGAAGCAGCAGACGGCGGCGGAGGGCUGCAGGUUCAUCAUGAAGCAGCACGACCUGCCGGAGCGGGAGUGGCAGAUGGGCAAGACCAAGAUGUUCCUGCGCCACUGUGUGCACGAGCCGCUGGAGGACAAGCGCACGGCGCUGGUGCACCGGUCGGCUGUGCGCGCGCAGAAGAUCUACCGCGGCUACGUCCGGCGGAAAGCGUACCGGGAGAAGCUGGAGGCGGUGCGCUGCCUACAGCGUCACUACCGCGCCAAGCGGCAGCGGCUGCUGUUCUUGCGGCAGCGGCGCGCCGUGGUGGUGCUGCAGAGCCACCUGCGAGGCAUGUUCGCCAGAGAGGUGGCCGCCGCGCUGCGUGAGAUGAGAGCCAUAGAGGAGGAGCGCCAGCGGCGGGAAAAGCUGGAGGAGGAGAAACGAAAAGAGGAGGAGCGACGCCUGGAGAUGGAAGAGGAGGCGCGCAAACGGCUGGAAGACGAGGAAAAGCCGCCGCCGCCCGAGGCCCAGCAGAAUGGAAAGCUGAUCCAGGAGGAGAUCGACGAGAUGACCGAGAUCGCCGACCACCUGAACAUGAAGCUGUCGGCGGCGGAGGCACAGCCAGGCCGCGCCAAGUCCUCGGUCUCCGUCGACCUGGACAACCUGUUCUCCUUCCUCAGCGACAUGAACUCGGGACAGAGCAGCGUUGUCAACGAGAUCCGCGAGAACCUGGAGGAGCUGGAGCAAACCGUGCUGGUGGAGAUGGACGAGCUCUCCGACCGGCGCGCCGCCGAGCCGCGCCGCUCGGCCGCCUCCACGCCCACGCUGCCGCACCCGUCGCUGCUCCCGGACGACGCGUCGGAGCCCCCGCUGUACGGCAACCGGCCGGGCGGCGUGCCACGCCCGCCGCCGGUCGAGCGUAUCCCCAAGGAGCCCAUCUACGAGAGCAUCCUGGUCAACAACAAGAAGGCGCCGAGCGACCCGGAGCCGGCGCCGCCGGCCAUCCCGUCGGUGCCACCGCCGGGGCCGCCGCCCGGUCUGCCGGCGCACGCCGGUCUGGAGAAGGUGCAGCGCGCCGCGCGCCACCGGCUGCGCAGCGGCUCGCCGGGCGGCCGCGCCCGCAUCGCUAGCCAGGCGCAGAGUCCCAGCCGCAGUCGCAACGGCAGUAGGAACGGCAGCCGCCGCGCGUCGAUAUCUCAGGAGGAGGACGAGCGCGAGCAGCGGCGCCGACAGCGCGUUGAGCGCAAGCUGCAGGAGCUGCAGGAGCUCGAGCGGCUCGAUGACGCUAAGCCCGAGCAGGAGGAGCACCACGACAUGAUCGAGUUUGCUGAGCGCUACUUCAACAUGCACGAGCGCGUGCCAGAGGGCGCCAUCAUCUCGACCCUGAGCCGCCGUAGCCGCGCCGGCGGCUCUGUCGACUAUCUGCCAAAGUAUGAGAUGAUCACGUACACCAAGGCGCCGCACAUACCCACCUCGCAUGUGCACAUGUACGACCCGGACGACGUGGACAUUGCCUGCGCCAUAUUCAAGGACCUGCAGCAAUAUCUCAAGGGCGAUAUGAAGCCGGAGACGGAGAUUAAAACCAUUCAGACAAUCGUGCAGCACGGAAUCGAGCGGGAGGAGCUCAGGAAUGAGAUCUACGUUCAGUGUAUACGACAGAUCACCAAUAACCCCAUACAGGAGUCGCUGGACCGGGUCUGGCUGCUCCUGUCGCUCUGCGUCGUCUCGUUUCCGCCGGGCAAAAUACUCUUCAAGUACUUCGUGUGCUUCCUGCGCAAGUCGCAGUACUCAUCGGACAGCCGAGCGCUCCAGUACGUCCAGUGGUGCUGGAGAAACUGCAAGCACACGCACGUGACCUGCCGGAAAAACCCGCCCAGCACAGUGGAGGUUACGGCGAUGAAGAGGCUGGGCACCAUCGUGUGCCGCUUCUUCUUCCUGGACGGCAUGACCAAGGCGGUGGACGUGCACCCGAUGGACACGGCUGCCGAUGCCAUGACCAAGAUCGCUGACAGGAUCGGCCUCUGGAACCUGGACGGCUGGGCGGUGUUCCAAGCGACGGCGGAGGGCGAGCAUCAUGUCAAGUCGCACGAGUACCUGUAUGACGUCAUCUCCUCAUGGGAGAUUGAGAAGCAACAGCGGACGCGGGCCGAAUCGCCCGCCAGCUCGCCCAUGCUGCGCCGCCAGUCGGCCGUCGGCGUCGGCGCCGGCGAGAACCGCUUCCUGUUCAAGAAGCGGCUCUUCAAGUCCACCCGCGAGAUCCCCAACGACCCGGUCGAGGUCCACAUGCUCUACUCGCAGGCCGUGUACUCGGUGGUGCAGAGUGACAGUUUGCCGGUGAGCGAGAAGGUGGCGCUGCAGCUGGCCGGUCUGCAGGCCCAGGUUCUGCUGGGUGACCCCAAGGACAAGUACGACCACUACUCGGACGUGGCCACCUUCCUGUCGCAGCGCGUGGCCUCCACCAAACGGCGCCCCGACUGGGUGCCGAUCAUCGCGCAUGCGCACCACCAGUACGGCUCGGGCAAGUCGGAGCUGGUGGCCAAGAUCUGGUACCUGUCUUGCGUCAUGCAGUACCCGGUGUGGGGUACCACUCAGUUCCCCGUGAAGUACAAAGGCUACUGGCCGUACGGCAACAACCUCAACAUGGGCAUCAACUGCGAGGGCAUCCUGUUGAUCCGGCCCGACGACAAGUACGUCAUCGUCGAGUUCCCGUACGGCGACGUCGAGUCGAUCCUGCUGGACCCCUCGGACGACUUCAUCACCGUCAACCUGCACCGCAACCACGACGCUCAGCGGGUGUUCGUGUUCGAGGCGCGCUGGAAGGACGAGAUGGGCGCGCUGAUCGCCAGCUACUCGCCCGAGCACGCCACCUGGAUCCGCGAGGUGGACAACAUCAGCCGCAGGAUUCAGCACAUCACAAACGACGACCGGAUACGACUGCACUAUAACGUGGUGCAGUGCCGGAGGAAUCUGGUCGACGCUGACAUGAUGAGGAAACCCGUCGACUUGGCAACGUCCAAUUUCUUCAAGAACACGCUGAGAAGGUUCAACAAGGCCAAGCUGGAGAAGCUGCGCCAGACCGCGCCGAGCGGCGGCAGCGGCGACGGCACCGACGCCUACAAGGGCUUCGACCGCGUCUUCUGGGGCUUCAGCCGGCAGCCGAUCUCGCAGGGCUUGAGCCGCAUCGCCGAGCCCGAGGUGGAGGAGACGGCCGUGCAGAUCUUCCAGGCCGUGCUCAUGUUCUCCGGCCUCGUGCACAGCGACCAGCUGUCAGACAACUCAAGCGACGAGAACAACGUGCGCCUGGUGCAGGGCAUCGUGGACCGGGCCAUGAAGAACGAGACGCUGCUGAACGAGCUGGCGCUGCAGCUCAUCAAGCAGACCACGGAUCACCCGGACCCCAACUCGCGCGUCAACCGGCGUCACUGGUCGCUGAUGGCGCUGCUCUGCUCGACGGUGGUACCAUCUAAUUUGGCCACCAAGAAGUAUUUGGCUGCUCACCUGACCAAAUGCGCCAGCGACUACGUCACCGAGGAGGGCAAGUACGCCCGCUUCGCAGAGAAGUGUCUAUACAAGACGGUCAACUCCCGGCGUCGCCAAUGGGCGCCGUCGCGCCAGGAAGUGCUCUGCACUGUCAACUGCCGACCCAUACACGCGCGCUUCCACUUCAUGGACGGCCAGUUCCACAGCGUGGAAUUCGAGGCGGCGGCCACGGCCGGCGAGGUUCUUCAGCUGGUCAAGGAGAAGAUCGGCCUCAAGGCCGACUCGAAAGGGUACGCUAUUUACGAGGUGCUGGGUCAGAGCGAGCGUAACCUCCUGCCGGACGAGACUCUGGCGGACGUCAUGUCCAAGUGGGAAAGGUACCAGACAGCCACGGCCGGCACGGACAAGGCCCGCAAGCAGCACAUCUUCCUCUUCAAGAAGCACCUGCUGUGUGACGAGACGCUCGACCUGGACGACCGGGUGGAAAAGGAGCUGCUCUACCACCAGAUGCUGCACAACGUGCGCAACGACAAGUUCCCUCUCACCACGAUGGAGGCGGUGAUGCUGACCGCGCUGCGGGCGCAGAUAGAGCUGGGCGACUACAAUCUGGCCGCGAUCGAUUAUCAGCAGGUGAUGGCGUACACACUGCCCCCGCGCGUGGCGUCCGUCGCCUCGGUGCACACCGUAACCGUGCACCACCAGAGCCUGGAGGGCAUGUCGUCCGACCAGGCCAAGCAGGCCUUUCUCAACCUCAUCCAGUCGUGGCCCUUCUAUCGCGCCAGCAUCUUCGAGGUCGUGCAAUCCUUCACGUCCAACUGGCCCAAGAUGCUCUGGCUGGCCGUGGACGAGCAUGGUGUGCACCUGCUGGACUUCCGCAGCCGCAACGUGCUCUGCACGUACGAGUACGACUACAUCGUCAACUACAGCCCGGCCAUCAACUCACUGAUGAUCAUCACCGGCAGCACGCGCAAGCAGAGCAAGAUCAUCCUCAACACGGGGCAGGCGUUCAUGAUCGCCAACCUGGUGAAGGACUACACGCAGCUGAUCAAGGAGCGGCUGCAGCCUGAGUGUCGGGAGCAGGCGUCACUGCGGGCGGGCUGUGACCUGGUGGGGCGCGCUGCGGCGUCGGCGCUCCUGUGA